AUGAACUGCUGGAAGUAUUACAUUGACUGCAUCCUGAGUGACAGGAACAUUGAUGAUGUGGCCAUUGUGGGCCUCUCUGACAACAAGUGCGUGUGGGCAACCAAGCCAGGAGGGCUGCUGUCAGCUGUCUCACCUUAUGAAGUGGACUUGAUCACAGGCCAGGAUAGGAAAACGUUCCUGAUGACUGGAAUCACCAUCGCAGGGAAGAAAUGCAGUGUGAUUCGUGACAGCCUGCUGGUAGAAGGAGACAACGUGAUGGAUGUCAGAAGCAAAGGUGGUGACAGCAGAUCCAUCUGUAUAGGCAGGACCCCCAAAGCUCUGAUCUUCCUCAUGGGCAACAGAGGAGUCCAUGGAGGAGUCCUCAAUCAGAAGAUCCAUGACAUGAUUGUUGGCAUGACACUAUGA